GAGGCUGUGGUUGGGUGUGUUGGUGUGCACCUCACCGGGGUCGUCCGCCUGUUGUCAGUGCUGUGUGAGUGUCGCUUCCCUUGAGUGUAAGGACAGGCGCGUGGCCGGGGUGGGGGCAUAGCCGCACUUGCCUGCACUGUUUUGCAGACUUUUGGUGACACUUAGGUCAAAGCCUGACCUGGCCAUCUUUUCCUCCUCUGCUCUCGCUGUAACGUGUUCCCACUUCACUAAUCUUUAGUAACUAGUGAAGCCACGGGAAGGAAGACCUUGCUCUGCCUGUGGGAUCCUGGCUGCUUGGUCUCUGCUCGCGCACCGCCAGCAGCCCGCCUAUGCAGGCUGGUCCCUCCUCUGUGCCCUUUGGCCUGCUAAGUCCCAUCAGAAUGGUUAUAGCGUUGCAUGUUUCAGGUUGAGUAAUGUUAUAGGGAGGACUGAGUUCUGACUGUAACUACUUUGUUAAUCCUAUGCUAGAAAGUACUACCCGUCUCCUACAAGGACUGAAGGACAAAAUGCGCCCUGCCUAAGCAGAUUGAUGCAAAGUUAAAUCAGUCCAUUUUAGAGAUUCCUAUCAGCCUUCCAAACAAGACCAGAGGAAUGAAGAGUGCAGAUCAUGUAAUAAAACUUUGGGAAACCUGUUGCAGAUGUUGUGAUGGAGUGAGCCAGGGGUGGGAUUGAAUGGGGACUGCAGGGCCCAGGGGUGGCCAGGUAGGGAGUGCCUUAAAGGGGGGAGGUCGCAUCUUUGCACUGCCCUGGAAACCGCGGUGAGGAUUGCUUCAAGAGGCGAUGAAAUGCCUAGGCUUUAGAGAGUAAGAGCACCACCUUCCCUGCCAGGAACCCCUGAGUGCCUGUUCAGGAGAACAGGGCACUGGGAGUACUUGCUAGAAGUCCAAAUGAAAUCAGAAUGCAAAGCUUUGCAAACAAACUAUCUAUCGGACAAAAAGUUCAGCACUAUUGACUGUCAAUGCCACACACACACACACACACACACACACACACACAACCUCGGGAAUAAAAGCCGUUUUAGGAGCAGGGUGUGAAAUGGAGAAGGGGCAACAGAGAGGGAACCUGCAGGGGGGACAGCGUGAAGUUAGGGAACUAGGACCACCCGCCUCCCUGGAGGCUUCACCAGCUUGCUUUGCUGGCUGUCUCCAGGGCCUCACUAUCUGGUGUUAAUCAGCUCCUCUGGCACUUUCCCCUCCUCAGACUCCUCUUCUUGCUUGCUGUAGCUCUCUUGGUGGUGCCCUCCCUUUUUCCUUCCUCCGAGGAAAAGUCUGAUACCCCAAGGAGGCGAUAGUGCCCAGGCGCUGGCUGUGCUGGUCUCCAGGGUUGUCUAGAAGCGGGACCAAUGUUGAUCCCUAAAUUCAGUGGUCAGAGUGCUGGCUCCCACUUCGGAGCACAUCAGAUUAGGUUACUUCAAAGUCAGUGCCUCCCCCACACAUGCUGAGAAUUCCUUUCGUAUGAACAAAAUAUUCAUCUGAAGAACUUGUCCCUAACUUCUACCCUGAAUCCGAAACAGAAAGAAUGGGGCCGGUUUUUGACAGUUGGGAGGUGGGGGAAUCCUUGUCUCCCCUUUUCCCUAUGGUGUUGGAAAAUUUGCCCCACCACCAACUAGUAAGAAGACCUUUUAUUCUUGCAAGCAGUUUCAGUGGAGACGGCAUUUCACCGAUUUUGUAAGAAUGGAGGUUUAAUAACUCACUGCGGGUUAGUUCAUUUUAAUCCUAGACCAAAUCUCCCCUAAGCAGUGUUAAUUGCAUUAAAAUUUUAUGCAACCCUUCUCCUUUUUAUCAUAAUAAAAUCUGCCCUUGAAUGGAUUAAACUCAAAUUCACGCGUUUGAGAAGGUGUUUGGUGGUUUUAGCUGUGCUCCACCCGACUGUCUUUCCAGUGAACCAGGACCCCUCUCACUCCUGCUGAGCGGAAAACACAAACACUCCUUUCACAGGAAGUGAAGUGCUUGUGAGCUAGAUCUCAGUGUAGGAUAAUGAAGUGUAUGGGCUAGGCAAGGUGUGAGAGAGGGUCUCAAAGUCUCAGAGCAUUGUAGAAUGUAUAAUGCAUGGUCCUUUCUGCAGGUCUCACCUUCCCGUUUGCACAUCCCCCCCAGGACCGAGCCUAGAAAAGAAAAACAACGGGUGAACGACCCCGGCUAAGUCAGUGUGUGUACUAUUUUGCCCUUAUUUCGUAAGAGGCUGGCAGAUGAUUUCGUUUCCAAAUAUUUCGAACGAUUUUCUGCUCAAGUAGAAGAUAAUGGAGCCAGGAGUUUGUAGGGAUGGCCAAAGAAGGUGGGGGAGGGGGCGGCGUUUUUGAUAAACGGUCUGUUGCUCUGGGAGGGUAACUGUUUUCCCGACUCUCCAGGCCGAGUUUUUUCUUUCUUCCGUCCUUUCUUUUUCUUUCUUUUCUCUCUCUGUGUCUAAAGGUCUGGUUCGGGUACUUUAGUUAGGCAUCCUAAGACCGAAGGCGUUUUGCACUGUGGACUUAAGUCUUGGCGUUUGCUUUUUGGUCAGAGGAAUGCGUUUCCCUCCCCUGUGCGGGAUUGCCCUGUUCCACAGUAAACUCCGUAUAAAUAAACCGGGAGACUCUAGGAAGCCCUGUGUUUGCGAAUCGCCUGCACCGGGUCCUGUUCUUUUUCGUAGGGUGCCGCGUUUUAGUGUUUUCAGGAGUUCCCCGCAGAUUCCUGGAAUCCUGCACUCAUUACAGGCACGCAUUUUCAGGAAAAGGGGGAAUAAGACGGGCCUCAGGACGCGGCCCCCAGAGCAUUCCCGUGUAGCGGUCUCUGUCCCCUGCCCCGUGCCCCCCUGGCCCGAGUCUCUGGCUGCGCCCUAACUUGUCUCCCUCCGGAGCAGGGAAGCGCAGCCCUGACCCUCUUGCAACUUCUUCCCACGCAGGUGGAGAUGACAUUUUUAGGGUCCUCCAUUAUGUGUCUCAGCCACCCCCUGACAUCCAUAGCAGAUGGGCUUCCCCCUUCUUUGUAUCAGGAUAUUUUUCUUAUGAGAUUUGUUGGUGUCAACGCAUCUGACAUCAACUACUCAGCCGGCCGCUAUGACCCUUCGGUUAAGACCCCCUUUGAUGCAGGUUUCGAAGGUAUUGGCGAGGUGGUAGCCCUGGGCCUCUCAGCAAGUGCCAGGUUCACAGUGGGCCAAGCUGUGGCUUACCUGGCACCUGGCUCCUUUGCUGAGUACACAGUGGUGCCUGCUCAUGUGGCAGUGCAGGUGCCCACAGUGAAACCCGAGUACCUCACCCUGCUGGUAAGUGGCACCACCGCAUACAUCAGCCUGAAAGAGCUGGGAGGACUGUCAGAAGGGAAAACAGUGUUGGUGACAGCCGCAGCUGGAGGGACGGGCCAGUUUGCCGUGCAGCUCUCGAAGAAGGCCAAGUGCCAUGUCAUUGGAACCUGCUCUUCUGAUGAAAAAUCAGCUUUUCUGAAAUCUCUGGGCUGUGACCGUCCCAUCAACUACAAAGCGGAGCCCAUCAAAGCUGUCCUGAAGCGGGAGUACCCGCAGGGUGUCGAUGUGGUCUACGAGUCUGUCGGGGGCGCCAUGUUUGACUUGGCUGUAGACGCCAUGGCUACCAAAGGGCGCUUGAUAGUAAUUGGGUUUAUCUCUGGCUACCAAACUCCCAGCGGCCUUUCACCUGUGAAGGCAGGAACAUUGCCAGCCAAACUGCUGAAGAAAUCUGCCAGUGUCCAGGGGUUCUUCCUGAACCAUUACCUGUCUGAGUAUCGAGCAGCCGUGGACCACCUGCUCAAGAUGUAUGACAGCGGAGACCUGAUUUGUGGGGUGAAUCUUGGAGACCUGUCUUCAGAGGGCAGGUUCACUGGCCUGGAGUCUGUAUUCCGUGCAGUCGAUUACAUGUACAUGGGGAAAAACACAGGAAAAAUUGUAGUUGAAUUACCUCACUCUGUCAACAGUAAGCUGUAAAAACAGAACAAUCACAUAAAUCAAAGAAGAAAGAAAAUGGGCACUUUAUGCCUCAGAAUUACUCAAAUCCAUUUAUUUUUAGUUGGUAAUGGAUAUAAUAUUUCUUAAAACAAAAGUAAGGUGUUAAUGAAUAAGUUUCUCUUUCUCUCUCUGCUUCUCCCUUGGAAAAAAAAAAUGUGCUAAUAAAAUUUCCCUUGAUGGCUAAGAGGUAAAACGUUUACGUUCGACUCGUUACCCAUGGA